GUGUUUCAUAAGCUCGCUGUUACCAAACAGCUCCCUCCCCCGGCCGCGCGUGUCCGUGACAGCGAACAUGUCGGCUACUCGGUACCGCCGCUUCCUCCGGCUGUGUGAAGAGUGGCCGAGAGACGAGACCAAGAAGGGCCGGGACCUGGGCACCUUUCUGCGGCAGAAGGUGGCCCUGGCCUUCCGGGAGGGGGAAAGCACUCAGAUCGCAGAUGCAGAGAAGUGUGAUCAGAUGUACGAGAGUUUAGCUCGUAUCAAUACUAAUUUUUAUAAACAGAAGUUCCCUCGGGCGCAGGACACGAGCUUCACGGGCGUGACGGUGGAGGAGUGCAGGAUGGUUCUGGCAACAGACAGUUUGCAGCAAAUGGAAGAUGCGAAGAAAGGGAUGUGGAAGAAAUUAAUGGCGCGCUUUUCCUCCAAGUCGCCAGAAGAGGGUGCAAAGGAGUAACCCCGACCUCACACAGCUCCUGUACAUACUGUAGCGUGCGGAUGAGUGUAUACUGUAAUGCCAUUUUUUAAAAAUUAAACAUCACAUUUAAAUAAAG